AUGGGCCAGACCCAGCCGUAUGCAACUUGCAUUUGCCAGGGGAGUCUCUGGGACAAGAUCGGGAGUGACGUAAACGCUGGUGCUCCAGUCACAUUUGACGACGUCGCUGUGUAUUUCUCUGCGGAGGAGUGGGAGGAGCUAGCGGAAUGGCAGAAAGAGCUGUACAAGGACGUGAUGAGGGACAACUACAAGGCUUUGAUCUCCCUGGGUAGUUCAUACACUGGGCUGGGGUUAAAUCAGGAGUGUCAUUUUAAAACGCUGACAGGACACCCAGCCCAGCCCCUGCCCCAGAGAAUCCCCCCAGAAGAGCGACUGUAUAGAUGCCCCGAGUGCGAGAAAAGCUUCUGCUACAAGCAGGAAUACACGUGGCACCAGAGAGCCCACCUCGGCGAUAGGCUCUAUAAAUGUAGCGGGUGCGAGAAAAGCUUCCGCUCCAAGCAGGAGCUGGUCUGGCACCAGCGGGCCCACGCAGCGGAGAGGCCAUACAAGUGCAGCGAGUGCCAGAAGAGCUUCCGCUACCAGCAAGAAUUCACCUGGCACCAGAGAGCCCACGUGGGCGACAGGCCGUACAAAUGCCCCACCUGCAAUAAGCACUUCCGCUAUCAGCAAGAGUUCACGUGGCACCAGCGGAGCCACGCCGGGGAGAAGAGCUACAAGUGCCUGGGCUGUGAGAAGAGCUUCCGCUACAAGCAGGAAUUCAUGUGGCACCAGAGGAUCCACGUGGAGGAGAACCCCUACCGAUGCCCCACGUGCCAGAGGACCUUCCGCUGCAAGCAGCAGUAUACGAGCCACCAGAGGGUCCACAGCGCGGAGAGGCCCCAUAGAUGCUCUGAGUGUGAUAAGAGCUUCAGCCGGAACUCAGCCCUUCUUAAGCACCAGCGACUGCACACCGGGGAGGGACCUUACCACUGUUCUGACUGCGAGAAAAGCUUCAGCCAGAGCACAAACUUUCUCCAACACCAGCGAUCCCACGCACGCAAGAGAGCCCGGCUGGAUGGGCAGAAACCUUCCGAGGGGAGGCAACCCCAGCAAGGCCCUCGCAAGGCUGCGGGCAGAGAGACCCUGUAA